AAACACCGGUGCACGCCCAAGAACUCACCAGUCGGUACGAGUGCCACGGCCGUGUAUUUCAAAAGGGAGCAGUUAGCGAAGUUUCAACUUCUCAAGGAUCAGGCGGCGAUCCCAUGUUUCACCCGAUCUUGUGAUGCACGUCGGAACUGCACUUCCUAUCUCCCUCUCUCCCUCUCUGUGGCGUCUGUGAUUUUCUGCUGUUUUACCUUAGCCACUUAUUUUACUUUUACUCUUUCUUCCUUUUUCCCCAACCCGAUCCUGCGAUGAAUGAAAUAUAUGCGCAGCCGACUGAGCCCAUAGGGUUGAGAGACAGUCCACUCGAGUACAAGUGAGUACAACGGUGUAUGAUAUGGUGAUAACGAUAACAGUGGUAAUGACACCAAAGCCGCGGACCGAAAGGCAACCCAUAGUGGCAUCGAGAACUCAACUGGUCUACUAGUACAGAAGUUGGUCUGCAGAUACUGUACUGUAUUCGCGCCCGAGAUUAUUAAUAUGAAAACUCCUCACAAUCAAAUGGCUCUACCGGUAUUCGCCGGUUGUUGUACUGGUCCAGUACUUGUACGAGUACAGUACCGUACGGUUUUGGCAGAAGACCAGAUCAUUCAGAUUUUCAGAUUACGAUUACGAAAGCAAGAUUCCCGAUCUCCUUCCCCCUCCAGCAACCCAGCCCCGCUGAAGAUCUUUAGAACCGGACUGGACGAGUCAUGCGAUGAAGAUCUCUGCCAAAUACUAACCCAAUUAUCUCGGUCUGUUCGAAAGCAGUAGAGUGCCCGCCCCUGGACCCGCUUCGGAAGAAACCUUUUUGUUUUUCCUUUUUUCUUUUCCUCCCCAAUCUGGUAUUUUGUUUUAUUAUUUUUCACCUUUUUUGAGCGACAUAACACAGCUUUUGGAGGUAGGAAGGGGGUGCCGUAUCAGAGAAGCGGGGUACCGUACAGUGCCGAUACUCGAGUACGAGUAUUAGACUAUGGCCUAUCAGUGCAAAUCUCGAAUGGCAGUUUCUAAGGUCCUCACCGCUACCUCAGCUUUUUUCGGCUGGAGAUUUCUGGACAGUAGCCUCGGUGUGGCGUUCUGCGAGCGCAGUGCAGGGAAGCUGAAGGUACGUUCCUUAUUUUCUAUUCGUUGGUUUCCUCACAACCCCUGAGUCGAAAGGGUUAUGGGAUAUCGUGAAAAAAAAAAGGAGGGGGGGGGGGGAUCACUCUCUAUCAAAGAAGUUGGUAUAAAAAGCCUGCAGAACACAAAUUGAACUGUAUAGGAACGGUG